GGUUGGAAAGUCAAAAGUCCAUUCAAAGGGGUUAUUAGCAAAAUAUACCCUAAUUAUGCAAUGCAAAUUACUAAUAAAGAAGGAUUACAAAUAUUAAUAGAUAUCCAAGUUGAUAGAAAGAAUCCGAUGCCGUUGGACAAAAUAUUACAAUGUGAAGUAGAAGAAGGACAAGAAGUUAGUUCCAAAACCACCCUUUUUAUCGUUUAUCUGGAAGAACAAGUUAUUAGUGUUUCCGUUUAUAUUCCCUGA